AUGCUGGGAUCUAGUACUGCAGAUCACGUCACAGGGCUCACAUAUCUGUUGCUCGUGACUAUUUUCACUUGGUAUUUGAUAUGGUAUCUGGUCUCCCCUUUACGCCGGUUUCCAGGACCAUUCGUCGCCGGUAAGCGAAUUUCAUUAUUAGAUAGCCCGAACAAGCUCUUAACAGGCUAUUUCGUGUUCAUCGCUAACAUACGUUUAGGAUGGACGAACCUUUGGCGAAUGUUUCAGGUGCGACAGGGGAAAUAUCAGCUCGUGAUCGAAGACCUGCACAAAAAGUACGGUCCAGUGGUCCGAAUCGCGCCGAACGUUUUAGACCUGGAUUUUCCAGAACUGAUCAAAACAAUCUAUAACGCCAAAGAAGAUUACCUCAAGACAGAAUUCUAUCAUGGUAGUAGUGCCAAAAGCAAUGGAAAAAUCAUCUAUAAUCUAUUCAGCGAAUGUACUCCGGAGAUCCAUGCUAAGCAGAAGCGACCGAUCUCCACGCACUAUUCCCUUAAGGGAAUACUAUCGCUUGAGUCCCAUAUAGAUGUGAUGAUUCAGUAUUUCUGUGAACGAUUGGAAGAAGAGUUUAUCGAUGCACCAAACGACACCCAAAUAUGUGACAUUGGAGAAUGGAUUUCAUUUUAUACCUGGGACGUUGUUGGCCAGGUUUUAUUCAGUCAGCCUAUAGGAUAUCUCGAACAGGGCUGCGAUUUUAAUCACAGCAUACGGAAUGCAGAUACUGCGAUGGACUACUUUUCAUUGGUAGGACAAAUGCCAAUACUCGACCACCUACUUGACAAAAAUCCUAUUUACCGGCUUGGGCCGCCCUCUUUCGGCCCCAUUACGAACAUCUCGAUCCAGCAUCUAGUAGACCGGCUUCAGAACAAAAACAACGAAUAUCAUGACCCUAGCAAUCCUGACUUCCUUGACAAGUUCAUCGAAACGAAAGAGAAAUAUCCAGCCGUGGUCGAUGAUACGCAAAUUGUGUCUUACUUGAUGUUCAACAUGAUUGCUGGAGCGGACACAACGGGCAUCACGCUCAACGCAGCGCUUUACUUCUCUUUGAAGCAUCCACAGGUCUGGGAACGCCUACGAUCUGAGAUCCCAUCAGAAAGCUCUAAUUCGACACCAGCAGUGGUGUCUUACAAAGAUACAAGAGGGUACCUAUAUUUGAAUGCCAUUGUUCGGGAGGCACUGAGGUGUCAUCCCGCUGUUGCAAUGCUUCUGGAGCGCUAUGUUCCCGAAGGAGGACUUGACCUUCCCAACGGACUCCAUGUUCCGACUGGCUGUGUGGUGGGGAUGAACCCUUAUGUGGUCGCGCGCAAUAAGUCUGUGUGGGGCGAAGAUGCCGACGUGUUUCGGCCGGAGCGUUGGCUACGCAAUGAGAAACUCGAAACCGAGGAAGAAUUCGAGAAACGCCUCCGUCUCAUGAACAAUACCGACCUGUCAUUUGGGGGUGGAAGUCGUAUCUGUAUUGGCAAACACCUGGGUCUUCUUGAAGUGUACAAAGUGCUUGCGACUCUCGUAUCCCGCUAUGAUAUUCGUUUGGUUGAUCCGAAGAGAGAUUGGGAGACACAAAACAGCUUUUUUGUUCGACAGAGUGGUAUUAAAGUGAGACUAUCCCGUCGGGAAUGA